AUGGAUAUCGGGCAAACGCACCUAGGCGGGCUAAUAUCGAAUGCUCAACAGGAUGAAAAGGUAAGGUAUCACAUUGUAGGAUCGAAGGUAAGGAUGACAUGCAACCUUGUCAAGAGCUUGUACGGAAGAUCUCACCGGACAAAGCUCAUAGUGAAUGGAUAUGGGCAGGUUCUCCUUUCUUCUCAGCCUGGUGUUAUUUACGAUAAUAUCAAGAUGAACCAUCCUCUUGUGAAGUUGCUACAGGAUUAUGUCAAGAAGAUGGAUGUUGUUGGAGACGGGGCAACCUUUUUUGUAGUCCUUGUGUCUGAACUAAUUCAGGAGACCAUAGAUAUUAUUGGGAAGGGUAUGAAGCCUACGUACCUUAGCCACAUGCUUCGAGAGGUCCAUAAGGAAGUCGAGGAUCUUACAAAGGGGCUUCGGGUUGAACACAUUAUUAGAUUUGAGGACCGGGAGAGCAUAUCAAAAGUUCUGAGAGGAAUUUUGAAAGACAGUAAUCUAGAAAAGAUGGUUAGUGAAGGGAUAUCGCUUACUAGAAGUUUCAAUUCCGAAAAUAUUAGGGUUUGUAAGGUUGCAUGCGGAUCCGUGGAAGAUAGCUAUGUUGUCCAAGGAAUGGUGUUUAAUAGAUCGCCUGAAGGAGAAGUGAAGCAUGUGUUGAAAGGAAAGACAUCUAUAUACAACUGUCCAUUGGAUAUAUCAAGGACUGAGCUGAAGGGAACUGUUCUAAUGAGGACGGCCUCUGAGCUUUUGUCUUUCAGUAAGGACGAGAAUAAAAGGACUAAGAAGGCGGUGGAGUCCAUGGAUGGGGAUGUUGUGAUAUGCAGCGGGAAGGGGAUAAGAUAUAUCUUGACUUCUUGA